UCGAAGUUAACAAAAUAAGGCGCCUAGGCCGUACUAUAGACAGAUAUAUGGGCUGUACACAGUUCAGUGUCUUAUGGAUGUUCCCACAAAAUCUCCGGGCGACAAAAAACGUCCUCCUAUCAAAGUUCUCUCUAGCCAGCUUAGAGAGAGUAAAGUACAUACUGGACCUAACGGGAAGAUUGAGUGCACAAUUAAAAGGCUGGGGCAGCGGAAUGCGUGUCCGCUACGGGAUGUGUCUGUGGUGUGGAUGCAGGGGACUGUGUUGGAGGUGAAAUCAGACCGCAACACUACGGUAACGCUGAUCGACGAGACCGGGACUUUCGUGGUCACGGGCACUAACAGCAUCCCGAAGGGAAAACCUUGUCUCCUCUCUGGCAAAUACGUAAUGGUCAUGGGAAUACUGCAGUCCUGCACUCCGGAGCCAGUUCUCCGUGCGGUUAAGAUGGCAGACCUCUCCGACAAUCCGCUUCACAGGAACCUGUGGAAGUUCGAAGUGGAAGACCUCCAGCAAACCCUGUAAUCAGCCCCAGAAUAGUAAACUUUCUUUAAAUUAAUAAAGUGUAUUUUUUUGUA